AUGGAUUCUCAACAGGAUAGCCAUCAGGAGUCUCAGAAUCAGAACGGAAUUACUACCAACGGCGGGGAGGACAUUUCGAACAGCAACGUUUCCACUGGUAAAGGCAACGAAGACAAGAAGAUAUUUGUUGGUGGUAUUGCGUAUGAUGUAACUAAUGAUGAUUUAUCUUCGCAUUUCUCGCAGUUUGGUGAGGUUGCUCAGGCUCAGGUAAAGUAUGAUCGUAACACAGGAAGAUCUCGGGGAUUUGCUUUUGUUGAAUUUACGACGGGUGAGGCGUGUAAGGCAGCACUUUCAGUCAGGGAUCAGACGCUCAAAAAUAAACAGAUUGAAGUGAAACCUGCUAAGUCUCGCGAGAAUAAGAAAGUUUUUGUUGGAGGUCUGCCAGCUGAACAUCCAGUACACAUUGUACUUGGUCGUCACUCGGGAACACUGAUAGGUUCUGUUGCAGAAGCCGAACUUCGGGCGUAUUUUGAAAGUUUCGGAAAAGUAGAAGAUAUUGAAUGGCCCUAUGAUAAGCAAACCAAAGCUCGUAGAAAUUUCGCUUUUAUUGUUUUCGAAGAGGAAGAAGCCGCAGAUCGUGCGUCUGCAAAUCCGAAGCAGUCCUUUGGCGGUCGCGAGUGUGAUGUUAAAAAAGCAGUUCCACAAGGCAAACGGUUCCCCGGAGGUCGGGGAGGAGCAGCCAUGAGAGGAGGUUUUGGUGCGGGACGUGGCGGAGUUAUGAAUGGAUGGUUUGGACAGGCUGGAUGGCAGAUGGGUGCUAUGGGCCCAUAUGGUGGUGCAGCAGGGAGUGGUGCUUGGGGCGAUUGGUAUGGUAAUGCUGCAGCUAAUUACUACCAGCAAAGUGUUGGUGGGGGAAGUUAUGCAGGAUAUGGCACCGGUUAUGAUCCCUACUCGCAGACCACUACAAAUCAGAGGGGUGGUAAUCAACAACGUUAUGCUCAACAACAGCAAUUCUGA